AGUUUCAAUAAAUCUGAUGGUUUGAAGAGACAUAAAAGAAUACACACUGGUGAAAAACCUUUUUCAUGUAAUGUUUGUGGUAAGAGAUUCAACGAUUCUAGUAAUUUUAACACGCAUAAAAGAAUACAUACCCGCGACAAACCUUACUCGUGCAAUGUUUGUGGUAAGAGUUUCAGCGUAUCUAGGUAUAUGAAGAAACAUAUAAUAAUACACACCGAUGAUAAACCUUAUUCUUGCAAUGUAUGUAGUCGGAGUUUUCAACGAAAAUAUUAUUUGAAGAUGCAUAAAAGAAUACAUACCGGUGAUAAACGUCAUUCAUGCAACUUGUGUGGUAAUAAUUUCUGUAAUAUUCGUAAUUUGAAAAGACAUGAACUAAUACAUAGCGGUGAAAGACCUUACUCAUGCAGUGUUUGUGGUAAGAGUUUCAUUGAUUCUAGUACUUUGAAAAGACAUGAAAAAACACAUACUAUGUACGUAAAAAUCAACAAAGAGAAAUUGAAUACGCAUAAAAGAAUACAUACCAGCGAUAAUUUUUGUGGUAAGAGUUUCAGUGCAUCUGGUGAUAUAGAGAAACAUAUAAGAAUACACACCGGUCAAAAACCUUUUUCAUGCAACGAGUGUGGUAAGAGUUUUAAUGGAUCUGGUAAUUUGAAGAGACAUAUUAGAAUACACUCUGGUGAUAAACCUUACGCAUGCAAUAUGUGUGGUAAGAGAUUUAAUGAAUCUGAAUAAAAAAGUUUGAACCUGCAUAAAAGAGUACAUACCGGUGAUAAACCUUUUCCGUGCGAUAUUUGUGGUAAGAGUUUCAGUGGAUCGUGUGAUAUGAAGAGACAUAGGAGAAUACACUCCGGUGAUAAACCUUAU